GGCCGGGCGGCGCGGGAUGGCGGCCGCCGUGUAGCGGGAGCGCCGCCGCCAUGGGCCGCGAGUCCAGGCAUUAUCGGAAGCGCUCCGCGUCCCGUGGGCGCUCCGGGAGCCGCUCCAGGAGUCGCUCCCCGUCGGACAAAAGGGGCAAACGUGAGGACAGGCGCUCCAGGAGCAGGGAUCGGGAUCGCAGGCGGGAGAGGUCCCGCAGCAGGGACAAGAGAAGGUCCCGGUCGCGGGACAGAAAGCGCCAAAGACGCUCGAGGAGCAGAGAAAGGGAACGGAGCCGAGAGAGAAGGCGCUCCCGGAGCAGGGAGAGGAGGCGCUCAAGGAGCAGGAGUAGAGGGAGACGGUCUCGAUCCUCCAGUCCAAGCAAGAACAGGAAAACAGAGAACAGAUCAAGAUCUAAAGAAAAGACAGAAGGAGUAGAAGUUUCCAAAGAAAAGAAAAAAGACAAAGAUGACAAGGAAGAAGAGAAGGAUAAAGAUGCUACCACAAAUGCCGUGGCCACUGAGAAUUUUGAUCAGAACAAACUUGAAGAAGAAAUGAGAAAACGAAAGGAAAGAGUGGAGAAAUGGAGGGAAGAACAACGCAAGAAGGCAAUGGAAAACAUAGGAGAGCUGAAAAAAGAAAUUGAAGAGAUGAAGCAGGGGAAAAAAUGGAGUUUAGAAGAUGAUGAUGAUGAUGAAGAGGAAACUGCAGAAGGAGAAAAAGAAGGCAAUGAAGUUGAAGAUGAGGAGUUAGAUCCUUUGGAUGCUUAUAUGGAAGAAGUAAAAGAAGAGGUCAAAAAGUUCAAUAUGAGAAGUGUGAAAGGUGGAGGUGGGAGUGAAAAGAAGUCUGGACCAACUGUUACCAAGGUGGUAACUGUGGUGACAACCAAAAAGGCAGCUGCAGAGUCAGAAAAGAAGAAAGGGGAGCUCAUGGAGAACGACCAAGAUGCAAUGGAGUAUUCCUCAGAGGAGGAGGAGGUGGAUCUUCAGACUGCCCUGACUGGCUAUCAGACCAAGCAGAGGAAGCUGCUGGAACCAGUGGAUCAUGGAAAGAUAGAAUAUGAACCUUUCAGGAAAAACUUCUACGUUGAAGUACCAGAACUGGCAAAAAUGACUCCAGAAGAGGUGAAUGUGUACAGGCUGGAGUUGGAGGGAAUUACAGUCAAGGGAAAAGGCUGCCCCAAACCAAUAAAAACCUGGGUACAGUGUGGUAUUUCCAUGAAGAUUCUCACUGCCCUCAAAAAACAUGGCUAUGAAAAGCCCACUCCCAUUCAGACCCAGGCUAUCCCAGCAAUCAUGAAUGGACGGGAUUUGAUUGGCAUUGCUAAAACAGGAAGUGGAAAAACCAUUGCAUUUCUGUUGCCCAUGUUCAGACACAUUAUGGAUCAGAGAGCAUUAGAAGAAGGAGAAGGUCCCAUAGCUGUCAUUAUGACACCUACUCGUGAGUUGGCUUUGCAGAUUACCAAGGAGUGCAAGAAGUUCUCAAAGACACUUGGGCUUCGAGUUGUCUGUGUUUAUGGAGGAACAGGAAUCAGUGAACAGAUAGCUGAACUCAAAAGAGGUGCUGAAAUUAUUGUUUGCACACCUGGACGUAUGAUUGACAUGUUAGCAGCUAACAAUGGUCGGGUGACAAACCUCCGCAGAGUCACGUACGUUGUGCUUGAUGAAGCAGACAGAAUGUUUGACAUGGGCUUUGAGCCUCAGGUUAUGCGCAUUGUAGACAACGUCAGGCCUGACCGUCAGACUGUCAUGUUCUCUGCUACUUUCCCCAGAGCUAUGGAGGCCCUGGCUCGGAGGAUCCUCAGUAAACCCAUUGAGGUGCAGGUUGGAGGCAGGAGUGUUGUCUGUUCUGAUGUGGAGCAGCACGUUAUUGUCAUAGAAGAGGAGAACAAGUUUCUGAAGUUGCUGGAGCUGCUGGGACACUAUCAGGAGAAGGGCUCUGUUAUCAUAUUCGUAGAUAAACAAGAACACGCUGAUGGGUUGUUGAAAGAUUUAAUGAGAGCCUCUUACCCUUGCUUGUCUCUUCAUGGAGGUAUUGAUCAGUAUGACAGGGACAGCAUCAUCAAUGAUUUCAAGAAUGGAACCUGCAAACUUCUGGUGGCCACAUCUGUUGCAGCAAGAGGUUUGGAUGUUAAGCAGCUGAUGCUGGUGGUGAACUACAGCUGCCCCAACCAUUAUGAGGAUUAUGUGCACCGAGCAGGCCGCACUGGACGGGCUGGCAAUAAAGGCUAUGCAUACACGUUCAUUACUGAGGAUCAGGCACGGUAUGCUGGUGAUAUCAUUAAAGCUUUGGAAUUGUCCGGGAAUCCAAUUCCUCCUGAUUUGGAGAAGCUCUGGGCUGACUUCAAAGACCAGCAGAAGGCUGAGGGAAAGUUGAUCAAAAAAAGCAGUGGAUUCUCUGGCAAAGGCUUUAAAUUUGAUGAAACAGAACAAGCUUUGGCUAAUGAAAGAAAGAAGCUACAAAAAGCAGCUCUUGGCCUGCAAGAUUCAGAUGAUGAAGAUACAGCUGUUGAUAUUGACGAACAAAUCGAAAGCAUGUUCAAUUCAAAGAAAAGAGUAAAAGACAUGGCAGCACCAGGAACUUCAAAUGCUCCUACACCAUCGGCUGGGAAUGCAGAAAAAUUGGAAAUUGCUAAAAGAUUGGCUUUGAGAAUCAACGCCCAGAAGAAUCUUGGGGCAGAGGCACAAGUAAUGGUCCCCUUCCACUUCAAGGAUGUGAUGCAGCAGGCUACAAAUGCUAUCCUGAGAGGAGGCACAAUUCAAGCUCCUACUGUGUCUGCCAAGACCAUUGCAGAGCAACUGGCUGAAAAAAUCAAUGCCAAGCUCAAUUAUGUACCCAUAGAGAAGCAGGAAGAAGAGAAACAGGAUGGAGGACAAAAUGAAUCCUUUAAGAGAUAUGAAGAAGAAUUGGAGAUCAAUGACUUCCCACAGACUGCCAGAUGGAAAGUUACCUCCAAAGAAGCACUGCAGAGAAUCAGUGAAUAUUCUGAAGCUGCUAUUACAAUCAGGGGAACUUACUUCCCUCCAGGCAAAGAACCCAAGGAAGGAGAAAGAAAGAUUUAUUUGGCUAUAGAAAGUGCCAAUGAACUGGCUGUACAGAAAGCAAAGGCAGAAAUCACACGACUUAUAAAAGAGGAGCUCAUCAGAUUGCAAAAUUCUUACCAACCAACCAACAAAGGAAGAUACAAAGUUCUAUGAGUAUUUGGAGUUCUCUGUCUGUCAGCAGCUGGACGUUUUUUGACAGAAAAUUGAUCCUUGCUGAAACAUCUUAAUUCUCUCCACUGAAGUUAUCAGUCUUAAAGCAGACCAGUUUGGGCGGAACGUGAUUUAAUUUAAAAGUGCAUUUUAUAUACUUUUCAUCAGAAGGAAUAUUAAAUAAACAGAUUUUAAUUUUUAUGACAGACAGUAUGCUGUUAAGUAAAUUAAACAGUGUUGGGAUUUGUGUUGGGAAUUGUUAGAAUGUACCUGCUUCGUUUUGUUGGGAUGGUUCUCGCCAUAUCAAUUUAUACUGGAAAAAUGAUAAAACACCAAAAUAAAGACAGGAUUUUUCUCCUGAUCCAUAGAUCUCUCUGGCUGGUUCCACACACGUUACUUCCCUGUACAAAUGUCCCCCUAAGGUCAGAGAGUCUUGCAAUGAUUAGAGUAAAGAAUCUUAUGCAGAAAUACUUGAGGUCUUGUUUUAAGAUCUUCUUAUCCCUCUCAUGUCCCAUUUUGUCUUUCUCAUACAUAAUAAAAUAACUCUCUGGGUUUUUUGUAAAGUGAAAUGUUUUGUAGUAUGACGGUAGUUUUCCUGUUUUUUUCUAAACAUGAGAAUUUUAGGAUUUUUUUUCUUCCCUCUGUGACAUAAGAAUGAAAGCCUGAUUAAGUUUAAAAAGAAAUCUGCAGGAAAAAGAGAGAAACCUCUUUUUUAAUGAAAUACAACUUUGUCACUCUUUUAUAGUGUUCUUAUAUAUACGUUUAAUGUGAUUAUUCCCCAGGAAUUGUCAUCUUUACUGCUGUUAGGACGUGGCUUUAAGUAAAAAUGAAUAAUGAUAUUUAUGAAUGAA